AUGCACCCCCCGCAAAGACAGACCUUUCUCUGGAUUACAUUCAUCCCUGCUGUUUCCCGAGGAGAGGACGCUUCCAGCUGCAAAUCCACCCACAUGAAUCUAGCAGACAGUAAAGAAGACGGAGCACUUCCUAGCAAGGUAACUAGCAUCCUUCAUCCUCACUCACUUCAUGUUUGCAGCCGCGCGUGCACCCCACCCUGACGCCUUAAUUUCACUUGUCAAUUGCCUUUUUUGGGGGGAAACUAAUGACAUUUCAGACACUGCUAGGGUGAAAUUUCACCGUUUGGCGUCGCUCCGUGUCUGGGAGGCUUCUUCUCCUUUGGUUGGAAACAUCACUUGAGACUUUUCUUUCAACCGUUUGGGUGAAAAUCAGUCCGCGAGGGGUUGCGCAGACCAGGCAGGUUGGCAACAGCGCUGUGAGUGCGCGUGCCCCUCCAUGCACCCCCCCCUCCUUAUUGUUGGCUGGGCAGCAAGAGGGACCGGGGCAGACUGGCAGAGCAGAGGAGCCUUUGUUCUUCAUCCACUCUUGUUUAAAGUGGCUCAUUUGAGACUCUAUCUAGGUAUAAUUAGUCUCCUGUUCAGACAUUUUUAAAGUCUCAAGAAAAAGGUGAUAAAAACACAAAGAAAAUAACUACAUUUAACCAUCAACAGGAGAUAUUUGAGCUACUACAUCCUAUAAAAUUGACAAGGAUGUGCAAAUGAGAAAGGAAUCAGACGAAGUUUCAUUAUGGUGAUUUUCAAGUGAUGCAGUCAAGUCAAAAUCCCAUUAUGUUAAUGUCAUUCAAACACUUCAGGGGUUUAACACAGUCAUAUUAUAAAUCCAUAUGUACUCUUAAAUUGAUAUUAUGAAUUUCUUAGAAAAGGCACCAGUUGGCAGGGCGGAUGGACUCAUUUAGUAAGACUAUUUCGAGACAAUAGAGUGGCUGCUGCAUCUGCUCCACUCAAGCUUUACUUAAAACAACCCCAUCUGUACAUAUAAGCAGUGUUUUGCAGUCCAUAGACCUCUCAUAUGUCUAUAAUUAUACGCAGCAGGAUUUGCUCUUAACGCAGCCACUCACGCGUGCACGGGCUCAGUGUAAUUUAAUGAUACAUCAAUUCAUUCUGACACAUUUUCCGAGGGCUAUUGCCUGCUCGGGAUUUAAAUCACUCCAAAUGCCUGUUAAAGUUUUCUGUAUUUCCGAUGCUUGGCCUUCGUAAAACUGGAAAAAUCAAACUGUCGUGGUGAAUCUCAGAGAAGUCCUCCUCCUCGCACACAGAUGGGGAAUUUUCCCUGGGGCAGCCCGCGUUUGCUGGUUAUUGUUCCACACCAUUUCCACAUCCCUAAUUAUUUUUAAUCAGUCAUUUUUACACAUGGGUUGCUCUCUUUAGUGGAUUUCUGGCCUAAAGUUUCAGCUCCACCUCCAGCCUGGCUGACUUAUGCAAGCCACAUGCUUUUAUAUGAAAGAGUCUAGAUAUUUGUAAUAUUUUGACAGGGAAAAGUCAUUACGUGGGAGCAGAAUAACUCAACUGUAAAAUUUCCCUCUGUCUCUCUCAGAUCAAAUAUGCUUCUCCAUGAGCUGGGAGAUGUUCGGCCCCACAGGUAUUCAUCCCGGCCCUGUUAGGAGCAGGCGCUUAUGAAAGCAGUGAUGGCAUGUGCUCCUUUAAAUAGCAUCUCACAGGGUUCAACCAUAGGCCUCAAUGGUUUUCUGCUCCUUUUUAACAGAUACCACUGAAAGAUCCAUCCAGCGUUGAAUAUGCCGGAUGACGUGUGCUCCCAGUGGAGCAGCUUUGGUUUCACGUCAAAGGCCUCAUUGAAGUCCUAUUCCCAGAACCUGCAGCAGCUUUACCCCAUAACUGCUCUGCUCCCCCGUGUUACAUGUUGUGCCCAUUCGUGGGUUUUGUCAGAAUCUCUGUGCGCGCUUUUCAUUUGCUUUGUCGCAGCGGUGAAGCGGAAGUAAGGAGAAUAUCCAAUAAGGCGUCCAACUUUGAUGCUGGGAGCGUAGCCACCUGUAUUACAAGCAGACAGAAACUUUGUUGUUGUCUCUGCAUUGAUAUUAAUUGACCUUUUCAGAGCCUUCCGAACAGUGAGCUUUUGUCUGCUGUGCUUCUCCUCUUGUUUAUUCAAGCACUGCUGAGAGAAAAGCGUAUAGCAUUCAGAAUGAAGCCAUUAGGGUAGGGCAAUGUGAAGGGAAAUUAAUAAAACAGCAUAAAGAGUAAUACAGAAGAUCCAGGAUGUGCUAUGAAAUGAUAAAUGUCGACAGUUGUAACUGCACUCUUUUCACCUCUGUUUAACGGGGGGAUGCCCUAAGUUUAACAAAUGAGUAUCUGAGCAAUAAAUCAACAUGAUUUUUCAGUGGCUUUCAGCGAAAACAUGCAAAUAUUUAAUUCUUAUUUCAUUGUAUUUUUUUUGUAUACACAAGAAGCUAAAUGACUUGGUUAUUGUUUUAAAAAAAGAGACAUUUCAUCUCUUGUUACACACACACACACACACGAGGAGCUUUCCUUAUCGUUAUCUGGUGCUCAAUUCAGUUUACUUAACACCACUCUGAUUAUUUACACAUGACCCCGUGCUCAUUGUGUUUAUGCACAAGGAUAUUUAAUUGGCCAAAUGAGCUCGGUCAGUUCAACACGUAGUGAACUAACACAGUCACAGAGGAACAAUCACAUACAGUACCACAGCCAUGUAAUACUGUAAAGCUCAUUUACUGUGGUACAAUACAACAUCAGUCCAAACCGGAGACUAAAUUACUCACUAGAAAUUAUAAUUAUGAAGCACUAAUAAUUUGUGUGUUUUGCCAUUAAAAUAAUUUUCUUCGCUCUCGUAUUAAAAUGUUUAAUAUGAAUAAUAAUAGUAUGAUUUGAUAUGCUUAUUUGAUUCGUAAGCUAUUUUUUUCUGAUGAAAGUAGGUUAUCCCUCCAUUGAAAAUGCACAACUCAACUCAGUCUUUUUAUUCCAGGGUGGUGGUAUUGUUUUAAUAAUAAUACUAAUAAAAAUAUCAUGAGUGCGCAAUAAUUGAAGAUUUAUGCCACAUUAUCAACCUAGCUGUAGGUGAACUGUGUAAUUAUACUGGCAUUUGAAUAAAACACUUGACCUGAUAGCCUUGUUGUGCAAAGACACCCCGUCUGAUGUCGAGGGUCUCUACAGCAAUCCUACCAGACCCAUAAUUAUCCUUUCCUCCUCAGUAUAUUGGUCAUUUGCAUUUACGUUUGUGUGUAUGUGUGUGUCAGUCAUGUGUCUAUGCGUCCAUGUGUGCGAAUGAGUUAAGGCUAAGCGAUGGGUUGUGACUUGACUGAUGCCCUUCACCAGAUGAAUCAGAGAUUCUGAUGUGUCAGCAUGGAUGAAUAAUGCACACUCCUCCACUACCUCUCUGCUCUUCUUCUUCCUCCCUCUUCCACCUCUUGUCUUCAGUUGUUCGCUUUUCUUUUCAUCACAACUGCCACAUCUAAAGACAUCUUCGCUUUCCUCCUCACCCCCUCUACCUCUACUUCUUCCCCCCUUUGUGCAAAAAGAGGGCAGCGUUUCUGCAUUUCUGUCGCUGCCGCCUCGCUGUCCUCUGGUCAACCCUCCUCUCUUACUUCAACAGACGACUAAUUCUUCUCCGCCCGCGUGAAAUUUCACUGUUGUCUUUUCCAGCCCAAGUUUUUCUUUGCAGAACUUUCUGUGACAGGGAACAACAUGUUUCCUUUUUUAUUCUGCUGCCAUUUGCUCUGAAAAAGGCUAAACGUGUUGAUGCACACAGCUCAUCAUCUAAUCAUGGAAGGUGGGAGUGCAGCCAUUGACUCGGUUUGACAGUUACAUCCCUGACUGACAGCAGUCAUUAAAAGGGUAGGGCUGACUGACAAGAUGGCUGACAAAGCAGGAGACAAACUGCCUCAUCAGAACUUGGAGAAAGAGUGGGCACCACCACACGCUUUGAAGUUAACAGUUAGCCGUAGAUAAAUGUUCAAACGGCAGAAUUUUCUAACCACUUUGCUUCAAGCGUUUGACAAGUCCUCAGGAGUAUUUUCAACUGCAGAUUGAAAAAAGGAAUUGGUGCAUGCAAAGAGGAGCAGAUAAAUUCAUUUGGGCUGGAUGUGGGCCAAUUUUUGAGAUCUUGCAAAACAUGGAAUAAUAAAACAACUGAAAUAGGUUUUUGUAUGAGGUGAGAUAGAGUUGUGUGAUUAUUAGUAGAUUAGUUUUGAAUAGUGUCUCAUACAUAAAUAUAGGAGGUGGUUUCGUUGGAAGCAAAGAGACAUUUCAGGCUUUUUAGCAUUGUUUCAUUACCAAAAGUGUCCUCGACUCAUCAUGGUAAUGGUAGUACAAAGGAAAACUAUUCACUCUUGACUUCUCCCAAUUCAUGUAAAUCACACAGCCUGUAUUCCUCCUGGAUGGUUGUCAUUUUUAAAAUUGCAAAGGCCAAAGUUAAGGAAGGAUCCUUUUCCCAAGUCAAGCAAUCCUAGACCUUUGAAAGUUUAUUACCAUUUUCACAUUUGAUACAAAUUUAUGCUUUUGCAACUUACAAAUCUGAUCUGCUUCUAAAUCCUUUUGUUAUCAAAGCUACUGUGAGGAGUUUUUUGACCUGUAUGAAAUAGACUGAAACUCAUAUCAAUGCCUCUUUAUGAUAAACAACAGCAAACAAGACCAUCCGUGACAAGGCUGACAUUUUCAUUUUGUGUCUUUAUGCCUGAAACCGGCACAAGAGGGUAGGUGUCACCUUUGUAUUUCAAUUUUUCACAAUAAAUGUUCACAUCAAAUGAUACAUUUGGCACAGUAAAAAGUCAGAAUGAUGAGAUUUCUUUGUCAGAAUAUCUAGGACAAAACCAGCAAAGACUGCUUUGUCAUAGGAGGUGCCAGAAUUGACACAAGCAUGAAGUUCCUCACAGAAACUUGAAAUCUAUUGUUGGACCAAGGCCAUCAUCGCACUAUUUUAUACACUUGAGAACAAACGACACAUGAUGAUGUCGGCUUGGCUCUCAAAAGGGUGAUUGCUCUCUAAAAGAGGCUGUCAGUGAGGAGCGUUGUCUGUUCUCGUCUAGGCUGCGAUGUCUGAUAAACUCGUCCUCUGAUUUUUGCUUUAGUGUCACAUGAAAGUUUCAUGUGUGAUAAUGUGCAGUAUGAUGGUUAACAUAUUUGUUGCAUUCGUUGCUUCAAGAGGAGCUGUAGUAACUGGAUAGAUCCUGACUUUUAUACAGUGCUGUCAUCCAUCUUUGAUAAAGCCUAAAAAAUAACUCUCAGGUAGCUUUAACUUGUCUUUGAUGCUAAUUUUGAGACCUUAAUAUACCACAUUGUGUCUUAGAGGGAUUUUGCCACUUUGAUGGGCAUGAGUCAGGACACUAGUUGUUGGUAAAUCAGAUAUGUCAGAAAGUAAUGAGCUGUUUUUGCCUUAUCCUUGCUCUUCACACACUACAAAAACAAGACUGUUAGGUCCGUUACACUUUGUUGUCAGGUGGAGUUUCUCAUUUCUAAAAUGUUUUUUUAGUGUGUGCCAGGUUUGAAACAUGGAAAAAGUUACACAUUGAAGCUACCGACUGUUGACAACGUCACUGUGAGCUUGUUAGCUUGUAGCUAAAAGCAUCACCCUGCCUAUACAAAGACACUAAAACACGCCAAGUUUGUCGAAUAGCUGGAGUUUAUAAGGCUUUUAAAGAUUGUCUAUAUUUCUCCAUGUUGAUACACAACAACUUCAACUUUCACUCACUAGUGUACCUGUGGUCUCCCAGUCUCAUUGAAAAUAGUUUUUGAGUUUUCUUUGAGUUUCUCUUGACCUUUCAAAUGUUCUCCUCCAGCUAACGAAAUUAAGAACUCUUACAGCUUCUUUUUAAAAAAAAUGUCUAAGUUUGAGUACCUCUACUUUAAAAUGCAGUUCUCAUAUAGUGAAAGAAUUGCCAAUAAACAGGCUUGGGCUUGUGUCAAAUGUCCACACCAAGUGUUCUCUGUGAUUUUCAGCUCUUCACAUUUAAGAAAAGAGAAGGUUUUGGCAUGCCUCCAUAUGCCAGUAAAUGAAAGAAUAUCUUUAUUGCGUCAGCAAAAUGGCUUUGCUCCAUAAAGAGACCUUGCAGGAUGGAAAGGGGACAAAGUCUGGGGAACUUGUGGCUCUGCUCCACCACCAUAACUCACAGACAGAAAACUUAAAAGCCAUAAGAUUAAACUCUCUCUGGGGUCAGCAGGAACACUCUGCAGUGUGUGUGUGCAGGUAGAGGUAGUGAGGACUGGUUGACAUGGCACCUGAAAACAGCCACACAUUUGUUUGUGGCAUUUCAUGAUUACUCUGUCUCCACAUCCCUGAAGGAUGUCAGGUUGGAUGAAGUAUUUGUUUGACGGAGGUGAGAGUAAUGGCCAGUCAUUGGUGGAAAGCAUCCGUGCGCAACUCUGUUACCCUUGACAAGCAUUUUAUCUCUUCACUUACAGAGACGCACUCUCUGUCUGAUUCCUGCAAUGAGACGGAGGACAAACGCAGCUUUUCUACCCCAUUACUCUGGUUUUCAAUUCUAUUCACAACUUUAUCGCCCCUCAAGGAGAAAUUCAUUUGGCGUCACAAAUCUCAUCUCCAUCAGGAAGUCAUGCAAUGGCUGGUUAGUGACAGAACUGCUAAGAUAGGAAAUAGGAUUUGUUCAGAUGCAGGCAAAGAAAUCAGCUCUAUUCAGAGUGAAUUUUUUAAGCUAAUGCCCAUGUAAGGUUGUGAGUAAUCACCUUCUAUGGGGACACUUUUGUGCCAUACAUGCACCCUCUGCUAAAACGCAUAUAUCAAAGAGUGAAGAGAGGGAAAUGCAUGUUAAUGUUUAAUAGAUCUUCACAGUGUUGUUGCAGAUGUGAGAUAAUGAGCUCUCAGUGGACAAUGUAUCAUGUGACCAAGACAGACAGGUGAUACCAUGGCAGCACUGAAAUACACAGAAGAGAGGUGGAUCACGGGCAAACACAACAGAGAGUCUCAGGGAAAUUAAUGGGCUCUUCCCACAGGAAUCCAGCUUCUUUUACAUAAGCAAAGAAUGAAUAAAAAACACGUGAACAUGCAGAGAAGACGGAUAAGUGUUGUGUGGUGUGUUGUGCAGUGUCAUGUGUGCUUGCAAUGUCUAUUGUAUGAUUGCACAGGAUGAUCGUCUUCAUUCUUUCAAUCAAUAAAAGUAUGAAUCUAUUAGGAGUCUGUGCACAGAUCUUACAUUUAAGACAUCCCCGAUGGAAAGUUUAUCUGAAUGAUCAAUCAAUAGGAGGUUAUUAAAACAGAGCUCUCUGUUCCUCAAGGCUGCCGUUAUCAGUCUCAGGACAAGACGAUCAACAAGCCCCUGAAUUUGCUUUGCGCAACCCGACUUUGUCUCCUGACUGAUGUGUAGGUUUUGCUAAAAAGCUGAAAGAGGGAGGGAAAAAUGGCUGGCAUGUCUCAUUAAUGAAGCGCGGUUGAAAUAUGAUGAUGGCCAGGAUGAUGACAAUGACGUCCAGGGAGAUGAAGGUGUUCUCUGUUGUCAGGGAGCCUCAGUCCUGCUGCAGGAGAAGCUCACUAAUUGGCUGCGGUGUGUCUUGGCUGGCAGUUAUUUUAGUGUGUGUGUGUGUGUGUGUGUGUGUGUGUGUGUGUGUGUGUGUGUGUGUGAGAGAGAGAGAGAGAGAGAGAGAGAGAGAGAGAGAGGGAGAGAGCUUCUUGACAGACUUUUAAUCAGUCAUUUUAUUGAGAAAUUAUGAAAUGAUGGUCAAGCUUUAGAAAAUGACAGGCUUUAACAUGUUUAAUGGAUGGAUGGAUAGAUAAACUCAUAGAUAGAUAGAUAGAUAGAUAGAUAGAUAGAUAGAUAGAUAGAUAGAUAGAUAGAUAGUAGGGGUGGGAGAAAAAAUCAAUACAGCAAAGUAUCACAAUAUUUUGUCUGGUGGUAUAUCAUAUCGUCUCCUUUACAAGUAUAAUUUUUUUUUCAAAUCAAUUAGUAAUGUGAAAUCUAUGAUAAUGGAAAAAUACAAUAAAUUCUUUAUCUAGUGGGAUUUGGAGAGGAGACAUCACAGAGUAGGAGAAAGGUAUACAAAUAUGGGGUUUACAAGAUGUGCUUCAUGAAAUAAAAUACUGUGUAAAUGAGACAAACAUAAAGGAAAGACAAAUUCUGAUUUAGCCAAACAGUUGAAAAAAUUUUGUAUAAAUAGCAACAUAUUGUAUUGCAAUACUCACUGUAAUGCCAAAUGUUAAAAACUGCAAUAAUAUUGCAUCUUGGCCCAAGUAUUGUGAUAAUAUCAUAUCGUGGGACCACUAGUGAUUCUCACCCCUAAUAAAUAGAUAGAUAGAUAGAAAGACAGACAUACUGCUCUUUAUUAAGUACAAAGAUGUAAAUAUUAGAUGUUAUUAUGUGACUAAAUAUUUGAUCUAACACAGUUCAGAUUUCGUAUCUUGAUAGUUAGCAGGUAUCUAGAUAACUACGUUAGAUACUGACUUGAUUGCUAGCUUAAUAUCAGAUGGGUUGUUAACUUGAUAGAUAGACAGUAGGGCUGGGAUGAUAUGCUUUUCUCCCGAAUCGAUUCUUGUUCAGCUUUUUGGACACCAAGUCGAUUUAAAUUGUGAUUCUAUGAUAUUGUUGAAUUUCAUUAUUUUUAGUCUGCAUUUUUAACCCCAGGGAAACAGUGUGAUUAUUGUGAUUGUCUACUGACUGUUCCAGGAACCAUAUUUCCCCCAAAAAAUUACCUCACAUGUAAGUCAGUUUUUAAGAUUUAUUCUUAAAUUUGAAAAAAAAAAAAAAAAAAAAAAGAUUUUUGAACAUAAAAAUCGAUUUAAAAAUUGUUCAACAAAAAAUUGCGACACUUGUGUGAAUCAAUUUUUUUCUCCCACCCCCAGUAGACAGGUACACAAAUAGACCCUGUGCCUUGUGAUACUCUGUUUUUUGAUUUUUCAACUAACCCCGUUUAUUACACACUAACAUGACUAGACACCUAGAUAUCUAAUAAUUAAGUAGAAUGACAGACAUAGAAAUGUAGAUAGAUAAAGGUGUAGAUAGCUAUAUAGAUGGAUAAUAGGACAGAUCCAGGGGCUGCUUACCUUUCUCACUCCUGUAUCUACAUACUCCCAAAAGCAACUUUGUCAUUAUUUAGUUGUUAAUUACUGAGCUAAAUUAUGCAUGAAAAUACUAAUUACAAGCUAAAUCAUCAAUUAACCCCUAAAACAACAAAACUUAUCCAAUGACAGUUUUUUAGAAAUACUUUUUUCAGGAGAGAAUUGGAUUUAUGCAAAGAGGCAAACCGUCUAGCUUACAUUUUUAUUACGAACUGGACCUGUAAUUGGAUAAUUUAUACUUCUCCUCUCAUAUGUCAGAGCUGUUUAACAAUUAGGGGUGUACAUGCAAGUGCAUAACUAUAUGGACAUCAUCAGUAUGUAUAUACAGUUCUCUCUCCUGCGAGGAUAAGAGUUUGUGCCAGCCUCAGAUAUGCUAAUUGGACAGUGAGUUGACAAGGACUCAACCAUCAGCCUGCGUAAUGAGCCGCUGCACAGAAGACGUGCCGCCUCUGAAGAGCAAGCAACAGAGAGAGGGGAGGUCGCCGAGAGUGAAAUUACGAAAUGUGUUUGGGUGUUUGCAGACUCUGUCGUGUCGUCUCAGUUGAGUGAACGUUGUGUAGUGGACAUGCAUGCAUCUUGUUUUUCCUGCCUUUGUCAGGGGGAAACUUUCACCUGUAUCUGCAAAAUGUCGAUUUCUUUUGCAUGACAGUGAAAAAACAGCCACUUUUAACUGGAUGACAUUGCAUUUUUAGCAUUACCCUGAGGGCUUUGAAAGAGGUUUAUGCGCCUAAAGGGCUGAAAAAUUGACUCAGCUUACAGAGAAGCAAGUAAUCCCUCAACUUAUUUGAAAGCAUGAAAAUUGUCGAAAUUGAAGCUGUGAGGUUUGCAGCCAUCAGUGACGCAUGGCUUCCUUUUAAAAGCAGAUUUGGGACAUGUUAAAGCAGAAGGUUUGCAGGCACACACAAUCACACUGGCUUUUACAGAACUAGACUUUCUCACCUGUGCAAAAUAAAAAAAAAAAAAGUAUAAAGAUGAACAACAUUUUUGGCCGAAUCAGGUCAGUGAUGGAAGUCUUACUGCUGCACUAAACUGCGCUGAAGGUAUGGAAGUAUUUGUAUUUUAUUCUGCUUUCAUUUUUUUUCUUUUAAACUUUGAGACUGAAAAGCAAAUUUAAUUUGUUUCAUAAGUGAGAAACAUUAAGGAAAGCAGAUGGCACCAUGUUCGAGUUUGAUAGUAGGGCCACCAGAUGUUGAAAUAAAGGUUAAACGAUGGGAAUUAAAUGUAUUUUAAACACAUUGUAGUUAAUUUGAUUUGAUGUUUAUAUGCUAAAUAUAUAGAGAUGCAUGAAAUUGGGACUGCAUCUUUAUCUUCGUUUAGGUAAAUGUUAGAUUUUCUGAAGCUGAGUCUUCAUGCCAGCAGAGCUAACUGCAAUUUCUUCUUAACCCACUGCCUCCCUCUUUUCUGACCCUCUGGAAUAAUCUGCCCUAUAUGUACUUUUAUACCAUUUGGUAAUACAUUUCCUUCUCAGCGGGAGCAGCUCCAUCUGUUGCUGGGCUCAUCUAAGGCCGAUGCUUCCAUUACUGAAUGCCUCUCUCUGGCUGUGUUGGUUUUGUCUGACCUUGGAGCCCCGUAAAGAUGCGUGGGUGUACAUUUGCUGCACUAUUGUUGGUGCUGCAGCAGCUUUGACAUGCAGAGAUUGAGGUUAAAAGGAGACUUUGUUUGGUUAUUUUUGCGCAUAAAUGGUCCGGGAGGGAGAAGAUUUCAGUCACGCUUCCUCUUCCCUCUCUUUGUUCCUCAAUCACGAAGCCGUGUGUGGUCCAGGGUAUGACGUGAAUUUGUGAUGAGAGAAAAUAAAUUAGGCAAAACUGGAGUGUUUUUAAUGUGGACAUGACGAUCAUGCUGGUGGGUAAUUCUGUCGAUGCUGAGUAAAGUAACGCUGACAGCUUCUUCACUUCAUGCUAAGAUCAGUCAGAAGAACCUGACAGGGAAGAUUUGGCACUAAAUGUAACCCAAUGAAAGUUCUGAUGAUAAUUUACACUGUAAGAUAAGCAGAAGUUUGUCAAUCUUUAAAUACUCUCUGCACAAGUCGUCCACAGAGUGAGCUGCAGGUGAUUGGUUAAUUAAAUUGUGGCCUGAAGCAAACUCAUGCUCCCUGCCAGAGAGAGCCACAGAGAGGAUGUGGGUGAAGACGGUGUUUCAAUUCUGUUUUCUUAUGAUCCCAAGACAGCUAUUUUUAUGAUUCAUGUCUCAUUAUUUCAUGAUAAUAGGAAGACCAUGCUGGUUUUCUGAAGCUCGCAUAAUGAAGUUUGAAAGGAAACUUCCCUGUGGAGCCACGUAAACAUAUAUAUGAGAGGUUUAAAAGCACAGGGAGGAAAUAUUCCAUACAUGAAUACCUACAUUUGAUUUCAUCAUAUGUGCAGAUAAAAUGUCAGUAUAUGUCUACCCAACAUGUUACAAAAGAAAUGGACAGAGAUAAAUAAAUAAAUACCAUUAUUUCAUUCCUUUACUUCUUGAGAAAGGGAUUUUUCUUCAAAUAAUUAGAAAAUAAAAAGCUGCUGAUUCAAGAUGGAAGCAAAUACAAAAAAGAUGAAUGAUGCAAAUACAGAAAAACGGGUUUUGUGAGCAACAAAUUACAGGGAGGAGUCCUUCAAGGAGGCUUCGGAGGUAGGGAGAUUAAAUCCAGGAAGGGCAAAUACCAGGUGGGAGUCUUUCUUGCAUACCUGCAGAUGAAUUUGUGGCUUCUAGCAUCAGUUUCAUCUUUAUUAAACAGACCCCUCUAUUUAGAACCGUCUUCAUUGUGCUUGCUCUGAUUUAUUGGAUAUUUUAGCUCUAAAUACAACCAGCAUAAUUUAGUGUGUCCUCGGCCAACCCUUGUCAACAAUGAACAACCAUAAAGCAGACUAUUGGUCUCCAAGUGUUUCAGUAUCCGUGUCACGGUCAUGGUGUUAAUCACAGUUCCUGUGAAUCAGUCUACAGCCCAGAGCAAAUACAGUACUCAAAGAAACAUUAACAACACAGAGUCAGAGAACAUAGCUCCAAAAACAAAUCAUAGGACAGAAAAGGAAAAAGACUUUCUGGAUGUAUUAAUGAUUUAGAGUGUAAUCAAGGAUUCCAUUUAUGAUAAUGUUUAACAGUUCAUUUAAUUGGAUCAUUGAAAAUAAUAUACUCAAAUCACUUGUUAACAGGGGAUGUCUAGAUAUUGUUUUUUUUUCUUUUUUCAUCUGUUUUGUUGAUUUGAUUUCAAGUGGCAUGAGAUGAUUAAAAGCUGCACUUGAAGGCAGGCAGGAUACACACCUAAAGAAAAAAUCUUUACAUUUUUUCUCUGAUCUGACUCAUCCAAAAUCUUGUUUUUCUAUUCAGAAUCCCCGAUUAAUAAUUACAUUUAUGGGCUUCCCUUUCGUCUCUGUAGGUCCGGUGAGGGAUCUCUGUUCUAUGAGUCAUAUUUGCUCUCAGCAGUGUGAGCUGAAACUCAGGCGGCUAUUGCUUGUACCCUCAGGCCUCUGGGAGUGUUGUUGCUAUUUGUCAAUACUUCCCAUGAACCCUUUUUUGGACGUGCGCACAGUACUGUGACACACAUAUUCAGAUUUUCAGCAUCCUGCCGCAUUAAGCAACACUGAUAGAGUUUUUAGUUGAGGCUCCCAAGUCUCCAGAUUCAUUGAUAUUCAGGGCAGAGAAUCGCAGCGUUUGAGUGACAGGUGUGUUUUCUUGUUAGAGAGGAUCCUCAGAUAGUUUAUUUCCACUGCUAAAAAUGUAACCAGGGCGGUGCAGCUCAUGCCUGCAGUAAGCCGUGCUUCAUCCUGUGCUUCUGAUCCUCAACGUCUGUGAAUGUGUGUGUGCGUCAGUACAAGUGUGUGUGUCCACAUACUUGUGUGUCUCCGGGCUGUGUGUUUAAGAGAGAGAAAAGGGAAGUGUGAGAGAGUGCCAAUCUCCCCCAUGAUGCUUUGCCAUCUGCCAUGUUUAUGUGUGUGUUUGAGGGUUUUUAUGCUAGUGUGUGUGUGUGUGUGUGUGUGUGCCCAUUUGUGUGUGUAUAACUUGUGAGUGCCAUGUACCCACAGGGGCUAAGGUCAGAGGAGACGUGAGGUAAUAUCAGUCCCUGCUUGUCCUUAUACGUGGUUUUUUACUCCAAACUUUUUCCUCUGCAAGCGGGCGCACAAAGCCAUGCAUAAUUCAACACAAGGCUAUUUUUAUUCUGAAAAUAUACGAGUGUGCUAUAAGUUCAGAAUCAGUGGUAAAAGUGUAAAAGAGGACACACAACAAAGGAAGCACUCUCCCUUUUGGUCUCUGUAAAGCUUUGUGAUGCUUCGCAAAGCCAGGGGUUUUUGUUUCUCCCGAUGUGCUCCCUGAAGAAUCAGAAAGUCUUCUCACAGUCUGUCUUCCAAACCGGUGUCGAUCUGCGUUCACAUAUCUGCCACAACAUUCACUCCAAAUUAAGACUAAAACGAAUAAAACACUCAGUCACCACUCAGGUGUGGUGACUAUCUCACAGCUAGCAUGGUGCCGCAGGAAACAGAUCUGAUCCUUCUUUGAGCGCUCCUAGCUUGUUGUCAUGGAGACAGGCCUUGGGAGACCAUCUCAACCCACUUGUGGUGAAAGGCAUCAUGGGUAAGGGGGUGGGGGGUGCAGUGGGUGCGAGGUGAGAAAAACAAAACAUGUCAUCUUGCAAAGGUCCCCAGCGGAGCAGGGGCAGGUUGGAUGCCACCUAAACAACGUGAUUUCAUCAGCCUGAUGGAGCACAAUAACGGGUGUACAUUUCACCACCUGAGCUGUGGUGUCAUUAUCUGCCUCCCUGCAAUAAAUACCACAUGUAUCCUCAUCAAUCUAUCUGUCUGGCUGACCAUCUGUGUUGUCAUGCCGAAAAUGUAAUAAGACCAACCCCUGCUGUCUUUCUCUCUGAAUACACCGCCAGAUGAUCAGGCAGAGCAGGUUGUCGUAGCUGUGAGGGGGCUGUUGAGACGGGAGGUAGGACUGACUCAUGAGAAUAUUCAUGCUCACAAUGCUUUGAUUCUGCCUCUGUGGCAAGUGAAAGUGCACAGACGUUCUCUAUCUAGAGGGAGAGCAUGUUUGGAAAGCCUUAAAAAACCAUUAGCACAUGCCCAGACGUGCCCUAACCAGCCCUGGUUGGUGGACUGCUGCUUCUGUGUAUCUGUUUUGGCUUACUCCUUCAACAUUCGCAGCUGUAGGAAGCUCUAAACCCUCUUUUGUUUGAACUGUGUCAAUGGACCAACAACAGCUGGAGCAGCCGGUGCAGGGCAGCUGAGGAAAGAGGAAGAGGAUUUGGAUACAAGCAGGGGUUAGAGUGUGGGUAGAAAGAGGAAAGAGAUGAAUGAUAGGAUGCUAGAAGAAGAUGACAUCAAAGGAGGGUAAGAGGAGAGGAGAGGAAGAGGGAAGAAAGGAGAUAGGAGAGUAGGAGGAUGUGAGAAGGAUUCAUGAGCUGGAAAAAACUGACUUUUUUUUUUUUGACUGAGAUUGAGAAAAGGCCGAGCUGCAACCUCCGGUGUUGAAAAUUAAAGAUAAUUUGAAAGUGUAAAAAACUAGUUCCUUAAGUGUCUGCUUGAGUCCGGCUCUAGAAGCCAAUGAAUGAGGAGAUAUUAAGAAUCUCAACUUUACAGCAGGGGUGUAACAUUAAGAAUUUCUUUUGUUCAGUCUUUGGUUUUAAUUUAAGUACUGGGAGCGAAACCAUUGUAGCACAUAAUCUUAAUUUUUCUGUAUCAAGAAUUUAAAUAAUUGAUGAACAUUAUCUACAGUGCAGCAUUUUAGAUGAUAAUUAAAAAAAAUAAAUAAAUAAAAAAUGAGAUAAUACAAGGUCUGAAAUUAAAUACUCCCAAAGCACCAAGAGUGAGCAGGUCUUCAGUUUGGUGAGUAAAUUUAUUGGUCUUCAGGUCACUUCAUGGGUAAAUAUUUGUACCAAAGUAGUGACGUUUUUGCACUUUUGGUGUUGAACCUUUCACUCUCUUUCCUGCUGCUCUGCUGUCUGCAUGUUGGAGCUUCAUUAGACUGCACAGACACACACACAAACGUACACACACCACACUGAUGUGUAUAAAAUGAGCUUUUCUAUGCCAACGUAAAGGCGAUAGAAGUUGCACCGUUAGGGGCACAGCUGAUUUGACAGGCGAGCAUGUUAAAGCUGUUCACCAGAGGGCAAAAUGUCUAAGUUGAGGUUUGGUUGAGACAGCGUUUGAAAUACUGCGACACUGUCUGGCUUCAUAUCAUCUUCGGACAGUAAUAAUAGGUGGUGUCGCUGAUAUUUUAUCCAUGUUUUUAACAGUCUAUGCUAAUACUUCUACACUGAGAGGUGACCAAAAUGGAGUUGUGGCAUCUGGUUGUUCAUCAGUGAGUCUAGAUCUUCUGAAGGUUUCUGCUGGUUAAGAUGAAGUUGUUUUCAUUUCGUUGCCAAUAGUGGACUCAUUUAUGGUUCCUGUAAACAAUAGAACAAUGAAUGGAUUCUGCGGACCUGCGUCUUUGUAAAGUGAUAACUUUAGUCAUGAUUUAGAGCUGUGUCAAUGAAAUAUAUCGAUCAGAUUCUGCGUCACUUGUAAAGACUUGUAUACAAUGAUACUACUGCUACACAGAGAGCCCCUUCUGUCUCAGAUCCGUAACACUUUUCCCAUAAACAAAACUGUUGUCUGAAUGCCUUUGAUGUUCAGAUGUCUUAGAGUCACUGUUUGGUUGUAUUUGUUUUCAUUGUUACUGGUGUUAUUUGGCCAAAACAGAUCUGAUAAAAUCUGAAGUAUUAAAAAGAGAAAAGACUGCAGAAAAGGGGGGAUGAGAAAAGAGAAGAAGAGAUGAAGAUUUUCUGGAAUAGAGGAGUGAGAUCAGGCUCAGAUUAAGGAUUAGGUUGAAGGUGGUUGACUGUAGUCUAUGGUGAACAAAGCCUCCCUUGUCAGCAGGUGAAAGACAACAUAGAGGGCUGAAUAAGCCAAGAUUGAUAGAUAGGGUUAGACUGGGGUCACAGCGUGACAUAAAGGCCCCUUCAAAUCCACCGCACAGGGCAGAGGAAGCAGACACUGCAACAUGGGAGGAGUACCUAAUGUUUCAGUGACCAUGUGGCUCCACACAGAGCAGUAUUCCUAGUUAGAUUAACCGCAACAAAUUGAGUUUCCGUAAGAGGAGAAUUUACUUAACAUGCUGCCAAUGGUGCUUGAAUGAGCUCUGAUCUGAUUUCUCUUAUCACAUUGUCCAAUUGAAACGGGCGACGCUGAAAGCUUUUCUAUUCCACGUCUAUUACGCAGCGUCAGAUAAGGACGAGGGCAAAGCGAUGCAUAAAAAAAGGGCCUCUAUCAGAUAGUCGGCAAUGUUUUUUCAGAUGAACUAUUUUUAGUAUAGAAACUGUCAGACAGUAAUGUGUUUGAACAGGUCAUUAGCUCAAUAAGUGGUUGGAGGAGUCUUUGAAUAUGUAACUCACAAGAAAUGCCUCUUUCAUUUAGUAAACGGGGAGACGGGUCAGGCCUAAUCCCUGCUUCUCCACUUCUGAAUGUGGAUCAGGCUGUCAGAGUGAAAGCAAGCUCAGGGGUGUUUGCACAUAUUUAUGUUUUGGUCACAAUGUGGCUUGUCACCUGAGAAUACAUAUUGUGUCCCUCGGAGCAUAUAUAUAUUAUCAUGUGCUGCUAUCUGACAUGUAUGUGUGUGAAAUACAGCAGGUUGACAAAGGCUCCUUUCUCAUUUGGCCUCCCCACCUGCGUUCUGACACAUCAGGCCGGGGGUGGGGGUCGGGAGAGCUCGAUAGGACUGUAGAGUUAUUGACUCCCAGGCGGGAAGCUUCAACACAGCUUGUCUAAAUCUCCGUAAGCAGACAGAGCUGAAUUAUGUUCCGACUUCCAGAUGUGUGCCACUGCGUGUGUUUGUGUGAGGAAAAAGAGCAAAACACAGAGAGAUCCCCCCCAGGGCUGGGGAUUAACAAGAAGGGGGACAUCUAUUAAAGCAGCAGUUUCUGCUUUACAUUCGCUGUUAUUGAAUUUUGCUGCAUUCCUUCUGACCCCUCAAUCCUCUUUGUUUAAGUGUUUUCCAUUACCGCGGCACACUCUGGAUGUAUUAUUGCAUUAACACUUUUAUGUGCCACCAGAAGAGUAAAAUACUGAACACUAAGAAGGAAUUAGGCCACAGCUAAAGUGAAAUGAAAUUAUGGGGACGUCGAAAGAAAAAAAGACACCCUUAAAAAUGUAUCAUUGCAGCUCAUUUCACGGCUCACUAGAAAAGAAGUCUUAUUAAUACAGAAGCAGUAUGCCCAAACUAUUUCUGUCUGUUUCUUGUCUUGUGUUGUGUAGCAAAGGCUCCAUUGUUCUGGUAUUAGUUCAGUCAGAGCUGGCCUGCUUGAGCUGUUAAUCCCAAGUCAGAAGUGCUCUGGCUAAAUCAAAAGGCCUAAUCCUGCAUUAGCAUGAAUUUGUCUUUAAUUUUCUUCCUGAGGAUGUUCUCUCUACAUCUGUAUGAAUUAUUGUAUGUUUUCCCUCGCUCCUGAUGGUGCACUGACAUUUCAGCUGACUUUCUAAAAGCAGAACCAUGAAUCAGAGGUGGAGGAAAUACGCCUUUCAUUCGUUUCAGCUGACCUUUCCACUUUUUUUUGUGUCUACAGAGUGCCUACCCCUGUUGA